GAGCCAAUUUUCUGUCUUAGUCUCGCAGUGUUUUGACUGGAGGCAGAUCCAGUUCAGUCCGAUCGGGGCUAGUGGAAACAACUACCUAAGUCUCUGCUGUCUGCUUCGUUUGGGAGGGAAGAAAGAAGAAAGAAACGCGAUCCCUAACUGCGGGGCGCGCUCUCUCUCACACACACGCACACCCCGCUGCACACACACACACACGCACACACACACACACACACGCACCGCAGACACACGCACACACAGACUCGCACACCCGUCGGUGCCGAGCGCGCCGUGCCAACACCGCCGGGAGAGAAUGGGCAGCGAGUGAGCGGAUCCGUGCCGCUGUGUGCCGGCGCCCGCGAUGACCCUGGUGCUGCCCAUGCAGCGGCUGGGCCGCCCCAUCGCCGCCGAGGGAGCCGCCGACCUCGCCGCCUACCGCGCCCUCUGGGAGCCGCCCUGCUGCGGCCGCCCCGGCCCCGCCGCCCCGCCGCCCCCGGCCCCGCCGGCCCCCGGGCCCCCCGCCGCAGGAUCACAUUACAGGGGAAUUUCAAAUCCUGUAACAACAUCCAAGAUCACAUACUUUAAAAGGAAAUAUGUGGAAGAAGAGGAUUUUCAUCCACCACUCGGCAGCUGUACACAUAAAACGAUCUCUGUGUUUGAGGAGCGGGCCCAUAUUCUUUACAUGUCUUUGGAAAAGCUGAAAUUCAUUGACGAUCCUGAAGUCUACCUGCGGAGAUCCGUCCUCAUCAACAAUCUAAUGAAGAGAAUCCACGGAGAAAUCAUCAUGCAGAACAACUGGUGCUUCUCCGCCUGCUCCUUCAGUGGCACCUCGCCACAAGAGUGGUUUGUGCCUCAGGACUGUCCGUACAGAAAACGCCUUCGGAUGGCAAAGGAGGAGUACGAGAAGCUCCACACGUGCUGCUUCUAUCAAGAGUGUGGCAGUCACUACUUAAAUCUACCCUACUCUGUUAAUGCUAGUACAGAAAAUACUUCCUCCUCUUCCUCCUCCUCCUCCUCCUCCUCCUCCCACCCCCCCAUUUCUUUGCCAAGCUGUUCCCAGCAGGUGGAUUAUGACGUUAGCAGUGCCCCUUCUUACAGGAGUGAUGACCAGAUACCUGCUAAUGAAAUAUUCAUCACUAAUGCCAGGUCUCACAGUAAUCAGGAAAAGGCAAAAUUUAAUGACGAGAAAGGAGGUAAUGAACCUGAGCGAGAGAGCGUCGCCCUGAACUGUGAACCUGUGAGAGGCACCCAUGCUCUCGAAUGUAAAGGCAAAUUUUAUGACUGUUUUGAGACUGGAUGUAAUGACAAGAGCAACGUAAGUGAAUCUUGGAAAAAAUCCUUAAGGAAAAAGGAAUCUUUACCAAGUAAUAAAAUGUGCUGCAGCAAAGGAAGUAAAAUAUGAGGCAUCUUUCUUGCUCUGUUGAAGCAUGCGCAGCAUGUUCGUUUGUCUAUCAAAUUUUUAUUUUGAAUGGAUUUUUUAUAGUUUUCUACAAAUGAUACAAUCAUGCCACAAACAUUACGUGUAGUUUUAAAUGACUGGAGAGCAGAUUGCGUAAAGCGUCUCUAUGAUCUGCAUCAGCGGGCUAUUUAUAAAUAUGGAGACUUCAUAAAGAACGCAGUUGCGUUACUGCUUAGCACUAUAGUCUGUACAGCUAUGGUGUAGCUUUCGUUACUGAAAAUACCAAUCAGCCAGAUGGGGAAAACAUAUCGUUUUAUAUAUCCCCGCCCCCAAGAAGUCUGCCAUUAAUUAAGAAGAACCUCCAUUAUGUUUACCAAGGAAUUAGAAGUCUGGCAAACAAAUUGAUGCUACCAGCAAGGGUGAUGUGCUCCUUGUAACUCAGUAUUUGUUCUGACAAAGGACUGUCUUCAUGGACUAGGAAUAAACCAUCCUUACAUUUUGUACUGAUACUCUUGAAUUCCUGGAUUCAGCGUCUCGUUCAACUGACAAAAUAGGACAUAGCAUAAAGAAAUAACCUGUUUAUGGGAUCUUAAUCAGAAACACAACAUGCAACUCCAGUACUUGCAUGUUUUCACCUCGGCUGUAAUAACUAAUGAGGCUUGUUGUUAUACAGGGCAGGUUUUUUUUUGGUGCCUUACUUUUUGUCUUAAUUUUUGCCAGCGUGAAAAUUAAGUAUAAAUCAGUGAUACAGCAGGGAAUUAACCUAAACAGAGAAAAAAAA